AUGGCAAUAACUUCGAAGAAAUGCAGUGUAAAGAAAGUAUCCUUACCAGAGAGGAUCACUAAUUCUCUUUAUAAUAAAUAUGCUGAAUCACAAAAUUACUAUUUUACAAAGGAUAUCAAUGAAAUCAUUUUGGAUCAACCCACCAAACCGAACAUAGUGUUCAAAGACUUAGUGUUGUUGGAUGAAGAUGUUGAGUAUAUGAAAAAAGUAUAUCAACCUCAUUGUUUAGAUAAUAAAAUGGAAGUUCUAACAGAAUUUUACAAAUUUCACAAUGAUUUACCUAGAUGGGCCGUAUCAGGUUCCAUUGUUAAUAUUUUGAAUGAAUAUUACAAUUAAAAAAGAAAGCUCGAAUAUUACAAAAUUUAGAAAAUAAUCGAUGAGGAGAACAAAAACAAUCCAGAAAAACCCCCCAAAGGCAUAGUAGGAGAUUAGCCAAUCUAAACAGAAAGCACACCUCCUUCUCACACCAUUGAAAGUGGAAUCAUUGUUGGAAAUGUACUUGAUGAAUUACAAAAUACUCCUUCUUAUUCAAAACACAAUUAAGAUAAACAAAAUCGUAAAGUGAACAAUAACAAUGAUAUUCAUCAACAACUCUUGAAAAUUGAAAAAUUAAAGACUGAAAGACAAUAAGAUAAUAAUAACAUCAUCAAAGAAUUCAAAUUAUAACAAAUUCUUACAACCGAUAAAAUGAAAAAUAUUAAAUAAUUGAUAACAUCUUAAAAAAGACAGUUAAAAAUCAUUCAUCCUGAUUAAUGUGGUGAAUUGGAUCCACCAAAACCAAAACUCAAACAUCAACAAAUCUUAGAUUAAUGUAAAUUAUAUAUUUAUGAAGUACAUAAAAGAGUAAAUGAAAAGAUCUAAUUAAAAAAAAGAACUGCGGUGAAAAAUAAAGAUCCCUCCAGAGAAAUCAAGAGUGUGCAUUUUGGUGAAGAUAAAAAGGAAAACUUUUUCAAAUCUCCCAGAAAUAUGAAGACUUAAUGUACUUCCAAAAUGACACCUAAAUCCAAUAGCAAAGUAGGCAAGACUCAGACCUUCCACGACACUUCAUCAAGAAAACCUAACAACAACCUUUUAUCAACUAGGAAUAUUGGAGCAAAGACUUGUCAUUAAAUAAGUAAUAACAUCAAAUCAAAAAUACCAUAAAAACCUAUAUCAUUUAAAACUCUUACUACCCCAAGAUCUGUCUAAUAGAAGUUAUAAUUAUGA